GGCGCUGGAACCGGGAAGGGGGGGCGGAGGAACGAUGGUCGCAAGAUGGCGGCGCUGAAGGAGGAUCGGAGCUACGGGCUGUCCUGCGGGCGGGUGAGCGACGGCAGCAAGGUGUCUGUGUUCCACGUGAAGCUUACCGACAGUGCCCUGAGAGCCUUCGAGAGCUACCGCUCCAGCCAGGAUUCUGUUUCGCUGAGACCAUCAAUCCGAUUUCAAGGAAGUCAAGGGCACAUCUCCAUCCCCCAGCCUGACUGUCCCACGGAGGCACGGAUCUUCUCCUUCUACCUCUCUAACAUUGGCCGUGACAGCCCCCAGGGCAGCUUCGACUGCAUCCAGCAAUAUGUCUCCAGCCAUGGGGAUGUCCACCUGGACUGCCUGGGCAGCAUCCAGGACAAAGUCACAGUGUGUGCCACCGAUGACUCCUACCAGAAGGCACGACAGAGCAUGGCGCAGGCUGAGGAGGAGACACGCAGCCGUGGGGCCAUCGUCAUCAAGGCCGGAGGCCGCUACCUGGGCAAAAAGGUUCAGUUUCGGAAACCAGCCCCAGGGGCCACAGACGCUGUGCCCUCCCGGAAGCGGGCGACGCCAAUCAACCUGGCGAGUGCCAUUAAGAAGAGCGGUGUUGGUGGCAUCAGUGGGGGCAGCGGGGUGUCUCAGAGGCCCUUCCGUGACCGAGUGCUGCACCUCCUGGCGCUUAGACCCUAUCGGAAGGCCGAGCUGUUGCUACGGCUACAGAAGGACGGCCUGGCCCAGGCUGACAAGGAUACGUUGGACGGCCUCCUCCAGCAGGUGGCCAAUGUGAAUGCCAAGGAUGGCACAUGCACGCUGAAGGACUGUGUGUAUAAGGAUGUGCAGAAGGACUGGCCUGGCUACUCGGAAGGGGACCAGCAGCUGCUGAAGCGGAUGCUUGUCCGAAAGCUGUGCCAGCCGCAGAAUGCAGGCGGCCUCCCCGGAGACCCCGCAGCCUCCAGUCCUCCCAGGGAACACGUAAGCUCGGCCUCACCCCCUCAGAAACGACCACAGCCUCCUGAUUUCAUCGACCCCCUGGCCAGCAAGAAAACCAGGAUAUCACAUUUCACCCAGAGAACUCAGCCUGCCAUCAAUGGGAAGCUGAGUGCACCCCAUGGCCGCGAGGCCCUAUUGCCCACCCCGGGCCCACUGGCUGGCACAGAUCCCCACCUGCCCCCACGGUUGGAGCCCCCGCGGGCCCAUGACCCUUUGGCUGACGUCAGCAAUGACCUGGGCCACAGUGGCCGGGACUGUGAUCACGGGGACGUGGCCGCCCCGGCCCCAACUACACGACUCGGCUUGCCCCUACUGACAGACUGUGCCCAGCCCAGCAGGCCCCAUGGCGGCUCAUCACGCAGCAAAUCCAAGAAGAAGUCCAAGAAGCACAAAGACAAGGAGAGGGCAGCUGAGGACAGGCACCGGGCCCAGUUGUCAGACCACAUGCCCAGCCCCCUUGGAGCCCCAUCAGAUGCCCCGGGUUUAAAUGGCACCUGCAACAGCUCGAGCAUUCCCACGUCCACCUCAGAGACCCCUGACUACUUGCUGAAAUAUGCCACCAUUUCGUCCUCGGAGCAGCGCCAGAGCUACAAGAAUGACUUCAACGCGGAGUACAGCGAGUACCGAGACCUGCACGCACGCAUCGAGCAGAUCACACGGCGCUUCACGCAGCUGGACGCCCAGCUCCGGCAGCUGUCCCAGGGCUCAGAGGAGUACGAGACUACUCGUGGGCAGAUUUUGCAGGAAUAUCGAAAAAUCAAAAAGACCAACACCAACUACAGCCAGGAGAAGCACCGCUGCGAGUACCUGCACAGCAAGCUGGCGCACAUCAAGAGGCUCAUUGCUGAGUACGACCAGCGGCAGCUGCAGGCCUGGCCCUAGCCUGAGGCCUCGGGCCUGGGGGCCAGGCCGGACGUGGGGCUCGGGGGGGCGGGGGGGGGGCAAGAGUUUUAUUUAAACAAAUAAAUGCGAGGAAGACACUUUCAUCUGAGCCAGCAACGCCGGCUUUCAGGGGAGCCCCUGCAGACCCGGUGCCCGCCGGGGGCACAGAUCCAGGUUGCGGGGGCCGGCGUCUCCUCCCACUCCCCUGGCCCCCCCCACGUCUCCUGAGGAGUCCCCACUCCUCCUCCGGCCCACAGCGUGAGGGGCUUGAGCCCCUCCCCUCACCGAAAGACUCCAAGGCUAGCCUGCCUGCCUUUUCUAGUUUUAUACAAAGACAGCCACUUUUAGCUACUGCUUAUGAGACUUCAGUCUAUUUUUGUAUGAGAGAGAAAGCAUCUUUUCUAAACCUGUGCCUCCCCUCCACGGACACCAGGGGCUAGAUGCCACCCUGUGUCGUUCCUGCAGUAUUACAGACGCCAUCUGAAAGUUCAGAGUUGCUCCUGGGGGCCGAGGAGGGGGCAGCAGGGGGUGCAGCUGGCGCCCGAGUCGGGCUGUGCUCCCACCCAGGCCCUCCCUGUGGCUCUCGGCCUCUCCCAGCCCAGGCAGGGACGGGGUCUCUGCUCCGAGGGGGUAGCGGCCCGCCCAGGUCUAUUUCGAGAACUCCAGCUGGCCAAGAGCAGCUGCUGAGAGCCGGAGGGGCAGAGCGGCUCUCGGCCCACCAGGCCUGCCCUGCUAUUUCAGGCCCUCAGCUGUAGGGGGUCACUGGGGGUUUUCUGUGCUACAGCUCACACUGCAGCAGCAGUGUUGGCUUUUAUUUUAUUAUGUUCUCAAUUUCCCCCUUUGCUGCUGCUUUUCUUUUCGCGCCGAGACCGUGUGGUCUCCAUGCUGUUGACCUCACUCCAUCCCUCAGUCCACCUGUGGGUCUUGGGGUCAUCAUAGCAGAGCCACCGCAGGGUUUGCACUCAGGGAGGGGCUGGGGCGGGGGUCAAAGGGGUCAGGGGACCCCCUGAGAGUGAGCUCAGAAACUGUGCCCUGUCCGCCCACUCUGGGGGGCGUGGGAUUCAUGGACGCCAUGAUUGCUGCUUAGUAGCUGUGCCUAGUCUAGUGUCCCCCAGUGUUGGGGGGGCCAUGUGUAUGUGUGUGUACGUGUAGGGGGGUGGCCGCCAGGGUGCAGCGGGGACUGAGGCGUGUGUUCAUGUUCAGCGCCACGUUCAGCGAAGCCAGAACCAGGGGAGGCGGAGGGAGAGCCUGGGGGUCAUGCGCUGGGCAGGUGGGGGUGCUGUCACUAACAGUAGUGAGGCAGGGAGAGCGGGAGCGCUCACACAGACGUGUCUGUGUUUCUAAGCCAUGGGGACAGCUCCUAACCGGGUCCCAAAGAACAGGCGCCCUCGCCGAGGCGCCAGACCUGCAGUAUGCCCGCCCCACCCCACAAGGCUCUUGCCUGGGGACCCCUGGGAUGCCCCAGCCCCGAGGGAACUGACCCUUCAUGUUUCAAUAGCUGUUGUUUUGUUUUUCAUUUGGGAUGGAGUGGGGUAAGGGUUGAGGAGACCCCAGGGACCCCCGAGUUCUGCAGACAGCCGCGUUGUGUGUGCAGCCUGUACUCAGACCCGGGUGGAAAGGGAUUAUUUAAGGAGGCUGCAGCCCCGAGGGCUGACCCGGCCCUCUGCCCUGGAACCGGUUCAAGGGACUCUCAGUUGAAUUUCCUUUUUGUUGUUGGCUUUUUGUUGUUUUUUGUUGUUGUUUUUCUCCUUUUAAGGAAUUAUGAAGCUAAGAAAAGUUUUGUGCUUUGGGGGUUGAUGGACAAGAGUUCUAGCCGAUUAAAUAUGGUCUAACUUAUUGAUACUGUGUUUUGCACCCCCUUUUAAUAUUGUACUGUGGAGAAAAACUAUUUUGAGCCAUGGAGUUGGUGUUUACAAGAACUUUUCACUUUUGCCAAAAUGUUACGAUUGAAAGAAAGGCAUCCGCGUCUUCAGUUUCCUAAUAUUUUCUUAAAAUAUCUAGUGUCCUUUUUGUACACUAAACAGGUGAAUGCUGAUUUUUUUCAACCUACAAUAAAUUUCACUGAACUGAACCUAGCA